AUGCAAUCCGUAAUAACCGAGGGUAGCGCAUCUCUCUAUUCCCCUUUCCCGCCGCCCAAUUCGCCCCCCGCCGCCCGAAUCCCCAUUCCCGCCGCCCGAUUCCCUUCUCGCCGCCCGAUUCCCCUUCCCUCCGCCCGAUUCCCCAUUCCCUUCCCUCCCUUCCCUCCCUUCUCUCCUCUCCGUUCUCUCCCUCUCCCUCCCUCCCUUCUCUCCCUUCUCUCCCUUCCCUCCCUCUCUCUCCUCCCUCCCUCCCUCCCUUCCCGCCCUUCUCUCCCUUCAAUCCCUUCUCUCCCUUCCCGCCCUUCUCUUUCUUCCCUCCCUUCUCUCCCUUCUCUCCCUUCUCCCUUCCCUCCCUUCCCUCCCUUCCCUCCCUUCCCUCCCUUCCCUCUCCCUUCCCCUUCUCUCCCUUCCCGCCCUUCUCUCCCUUCCAUCCCUUCUCUCCCUUCCCUCCCUUCUCUCCCUUCCAUCCCCCUCUCCCUUGAAACCCUUCCUUCCCUUUCGAUCCCUUCCCUCCCUUCCCUCCCUUCUCUCCCUCUCCCUUCUCUCCCUCUCUCCCUUCUCUCCCUUCUCUCCCUUCUCUCCCUUCUCUCCCUUCUCUCCCUUCCCUCCCUUCCCUCCCUUCUCUCCCUUCCCUCCCUUCCCUCCCUUCCCUCCCUUCCCUCCUUUCUCUCCCUUCCCUCCCUUCCCUCCCUUCCUCCCUUCCAUCCCCUCUCCCUUCCCGCCCUUCUCUCCCUUCCAUCCCUUCUCUCCCUUCCCUCCCUUCUCUCCCUUCCCUCCCUUCUCUCCCUUCUCUCCCUUCCCUCCCUUUCCUCCCUUCUUUCUGUUCCUCUCCCAGCUCCCUUCUCCCAUCGUUGUCGCCCACUGUACUCAUUCCAUGUCCUCACCUGCCUUCAUUCUUUCUCCCCUUCUUUCCCCUCCUUCUCCCCUCCUUUGUCACUGGCCACGCUUUGUCCUGCUUGUAGCUGA